CUUUUUACAUUAAACCAACCGUACAACUCCAAUGAGUUCCGCAUAGCUUUUCUUCACAUACCAACAAAAGAGAGCACCCAUGGCCUUCUCAAUUUCAAUUGUAAUUUCAAUGCGUUUUCUUGCUUUUAUCCUCAUAGUCAUUGUGCCCGUGUACCUCAUUAUCAGAUGGCUUGGACAGGUGAAGGACAUUUUUGAGCAGGUUCAACGGGAUUUCAAGAUCUUGGAAGCUAUCAUGAAAGAUAUAGAAGAGGUUGCAGAAUCAGCGAAAAAAAUAGAUGAGAAACCCAAUCAACUUAGGGAUUCUCAACUAAAACCAGGAGCCACUGUACAACUAUCUGAUGCCGAGAGAGGCUGGUUUGAGGCAACCAAAACCCUGGUUGGCACGGUAAAGGAUUGCCGUGAAUCCUACAGGAGACUACAUGAAACAAAAUAUUUUCUGGAAUUGUUUUACUCUGGUUUCACUGGUUUCAAAAAAAUUUAUGACCUCAAGGCUGACUUGGGUUCGUGCAAUUCUCUGAUAAAUGAGCAACUUUGGAAGAAGACAAAAAUCUGCAAAUCAGUAGAGCAGUCAAGGUCAAUUGUUAGAAGCCUGAAAGACAGACCAAUAGAGGAGGAUAAAUCUUCCAUUUAUAAACGAGCAAAAGAAACAGUCUUUAUUGAAAAGAAAUUCAAAAGCCUAAUGGAUAAAAUGAAUCCAAAUUUAGUGCCGGAAACACAAAAGGAAAUAAAGUACUCAAUCCAGUUACCACUGCAUCUACUGAGUGCUUUCCUGCGAGAUUUGGAAGGGCAUACAUUGGAAAGCGAAACAGAAAAGGCCUGGGUGAAAGAAGCAGAGGAGGUCAUCUGCAAACUACAACAUCAGAUUGACCGCAAAACCACAGAUCUAUUGAAAUGGCUUCCGUUUUUAGGUAAUUGGAUGAUGGCAAAGGAUCUCCCGAAAAGCUUUGAGAAGAUCGAAAGACUGCUCUGGCUCCUCUUUUCAAAGAAGUAUGAGCUUGAUUUCACCUUUAUCCGAAGAGUUCCAUCAAAAUCUGUUGAUCGGACCCAACAUCAGAAAACUCAGGCCAAAAUCGAUGACAAGGAAAUUUUAGAAGUUCUAGACAAGUUUCACAAGCAGCUAAGUCAAGAACAACCCAAGGUAGCUUUUCGACUCAACGAGCUACCAGACUAUUUCGAAAAAGUGCACGAACUUCUCAAAGAUGCAAACCCAGUUGAAGGCAUGGACAAUUCAAGAAUGGCUUGGAAGGGUCAAAUGAAAAUCAUUGUUAAAGAUGCAAUUUGUUCUUUGUCUUCCUCCCAACCACAAAGCAGCAAAAGCCAAAAGGAGACAGAUCCUUGGCUAAAGUUCUCUGCGGAAACUGCAAGAUUGAAGAAAGCUCUCGAUUUGCUUGCCAUAAGCAUAAAGAUAUUUCACAUUGAACUAAUGAGGGAGACAAACUGGGUGGUCGGCUUGGAAGAAGACAUACAUGAAAUCGUCUCACAACUAACCACCAACAGUGCUGAGAAUUUCUCCACUCUCACCAGUGUGGGGAUGGAGGGCAUCACCAACAGUUUUGAGAAUUUCUCCACUCUUUCCAUUGUGGGGAUGGAGGGCAUCGGUAAGACAACUCUUGCCAAGAUGGUGUUUAAUAAUAGAGCUAUUCAGAAGCAUUUCGUUUACAGAUACUGGGUAUCUCUACCAGAUAUAACAGAUGAUAAGACUGAACUCUUGAAAAAAUUAGGAAAAGAGGUGCUGCCAGCUAAUGAGAAAGAUUACUCUUACAAGGUGGUGAAUGAGUUUUUGAAAACUAGGAAGUACCUUCUAGUUCUGGACAAAAUUCCCAACAAGGAAACCUGGGAUACUCUAAAAGAAGCAUUCCUAGAUAACGGAAAAGGGAGCAGAAUUUUGCUCACCACACGGGACAAGAGUGUAGCUUCACAUGCUGGCCUAAGUUGCAAACCGUACCAUCUUAGACUACGAACUAAUGAUGAGAGCCGGGCUUUGUUUGGGCAGAUGGUGCACUGUAUGGAUGAACCUUCUCAUCCUAAUCAUGAAACCUCUUCAGAAUUGAAAAAUCUUGGCAAAAAAGUUGUAAGAAGAUGUGGAGGCUUGCCACUUUCCAUCUUAAAUCAUGGCUAUCUAUUGUCCGGGAAAGAAGUGACCACUGAUGACUUGUCAAGGGUGCUUGAGCAUGUCAAUCCUUACCAAAGACCAUGGUCAGAAAAUUUGGAAAAAAACAAAAAAGACUUGCAUCCGUAUCUAAGUCAAUGUCUUUCUUACUUUGUGAAAUUUCCCAAAGACUCCGAAAUUUCUUCAAGAAGAUUAGCAGCUUUGUGGGUUGCAGAAGGGCUCGUAGAAGUGAGUGAUAAUAAGCCUCUUAAAUCUGUUGCAGAGAAUUAUUUGUUAGAGUUGAUAAGCCACAACUUGGUACAGAUACUGGAGAGAAAGAUGAACGGGAAUGCUAGGACAUGUGUCUUACCUUGUACUCUCAGAGAAAUCUGGUUGCGAGAGUAUCCAAGUUCUUGCUUAAAUGAGCAAGUAAUUUAUUAUUUUUAUGAAAAUGAUGUCAGAUCUUGUCAAGGCUUUGGUGGUAGCAAUUAUUCACCGAAUAUAUCACAAAGCUACAAAAAUCCCCAGUCCAUGGUCUGUUUUGAUACUAGAGAAGGAGAUAAACCUGGAGAAGAAAUUGGUAACUACCUUAAGAAAGGCAUUUCAAGAGGGCACCUCUUACAGUUGAAGGUGCUUGAUCUAGAACAAGCGUUCAAACCUCAGUUGCCAAAGAAUAUAGGAAAAUUAAAACAAUUAACGUAUCUGGGGUUAAGGUGGACUUACCUUGAGAGUCUCCCGGAAUCAAUUGGCAACUUAGUGAACCUUGAAAUAUUGGAUGUGAAGCAUACUUAUAUUCGCAUACUCCCUAGUUCAAUAUGGAAACUGCAGAAACUUCAAAACCUGUAUUUGAGCGAUUUUUGUCGGAGCAAAAUUGAUCAUCAACCUGAAAAGAAAUGUCAUCAACCCAAUAGGAAAUUUCUGCAAAAUCUUCAAAUUUUGCGAAGUGGAUUUGUAGAUGAAGACAAUCCUCUGAAGGAUGCCUUCAAUAUGAUGACAAACCUUCAGAUAUUAGAUCUGGCGUUCCAGUUGGAGUUGUCACAGCAAAAAGCAUUGGCAGAUAGUCUUGUGGAACUAAAGAAACUUCAAGAAUUGACGUUAAAAUCAAUCGAUGAAAUCAGUCAACCUCAAGAUCUCUAUGUGGAUCACUUGUCAGGCCUCAAAUAUCUCUCAUCCCUAUCUCUGUUUGGAAAAUUGAAUCAUCCAUCCACCAUCAUAAACACUACUGCACUCCCCCAAAGCCUGACUGAUCUUACUUUAUCAGCCUCUGGCCUUUCAGAUGAUCCAAUGCCACAGUUAGAGAAGCUUCACAAACUUGAGUGCCUUACUUUCUACUCUGCUUCUUAUACUGGGAAAAGCAUGUUUUGCUCUAAGGGAGGCUUCCCUAAGCUUCAAGUUCUGAAAUUCAUAAUGCUUCAGGAAUUGGAAGAAUGGCAUGUGGAGGAACAAGCAAUGCCGACCGUCAAGAAGUUGGAGUUCCGAUCUUGCAAGAAAUUGAAGGUCCCCUCCGGGUUGAUCCAUCUCAAGACCCUUCGUGAAUUGAAGUUAAAAAUGAUGCCACUUAAUUUCACAAGACAAGUGGAAAAACGCAAGGAGCAAACCUGGGAACAUAUUUCUGUCUUUCCGGUCUUAAUUAUUGAUUUGCAGUAGUCAAUGCUGAACGGAACUCAAGCUCCUGUCUAUGUUAUUGAGAUUGUCCUUCCUUUCAUGUCUCAAGCAACUGUUAGGGUCUCCAUGAAUGAGGGUACUAAGGUAUUUGACCAAUAAAUGGCAUAUGCUUGCAAUGCAAA